AUGGAGAUCGCACACGAUCGCCAUGACGUUGAAGACGUAGCAUACUUUGCUAGUCUGAUUGCCAUUAAACAAAAGCGUAUUGACCAACUAAUGCAGGCUCAACGUGAGCAAGACCAACGAGACAAUAAGUGCCAGAAGACCAAUAGCUAUCACGCUAAGACUUGCAACAAGAAGCCCGACAUUAGGUUGAAGUGAAGGUACUACAGGGUUCAAUCGUUGCAAAGACAAUACAAAGACUCCUUAGAUGAGCGUG